AUGCUGCGCUACCUGCUCAAAACACUGCUGCAGAUGAACUUGUUCGCGGACUCCCUGGCGGGGGACAUCUCCAACUCCAGCGACCUGCUCUUCGGCUUCAACUCCUCGGUGGCGGCGCUCAACCACAGCCUGCUGCCCCCCGGCGAUCCUUCUUUCAACGCAUCCAGGGUGGAGCCGGAGGACGCGAUUCCGCGCAUCGUGGAGCAGCCGCCAGAUCUGCUGGUCUCCCGAGGCGAGCCGGCCACGCUGCCCUGCCGCGCCGAGGGCCGGCCGCGGCCUAACAUCGAGUGGUACAAGAAUGGGGCGCGAGUGGCCACUGCGCGCGAGGAUCCGCGCGCGCACCGUCUGCUGCUGCCCAGCGGCGCCCUCUUCUUCCCGCGCAUCGUGCACGGGCGCCGCGCGCGUCCCGACGAGGGUGUCUACACUUGCGUGGCGCGCAACUACCUGGGGGCAGCGGCUAGUAGAAAUGCAUCGCUGGAAGUGGCAGUCCUCCGUGAUGAUUUUCGGCAGUCCCCUGGAAACGUGGUGGUGGCAGUGGGGGAGCCAGCGGUAAUGGAAUGCGUGCCCCCCCGUGGCCACCCAGAGCCUUCCGUGUCCUGGAAGAAGGACAGUGCAAGACUCAAGGAGGAGGAGGGAAGGAUCACGAUUCGUGGAGGGAAGCUGAUGAUGUCACAUACACUCAAGAGUGAUGCAGGGAUGUAUGUGUGUGUGGCCUCCAACAUGGCGGGAGAACGGGAGAGUGGGGCAGCUGAACUUGUGGUACUGGAGCGACCCUCAUUCCUGCGUAGACCAGUGAAUCAGGUGGUCCUGGCAGAUGCCCCUGUGGAUUUCGCAUGUGAGGUGCAAGGGGAUCCCCCACCCCGUCUACGCUGGCGCAAGGAGGAUGGGGAACUGCCCACAGGCAGGUAUGAGAUCCGGAGUGACCACAGCCUUUGGAUUGGGCGUGUGAGUGCCGACGACGAGGGGACCUACACCUGUGUGGCUGAGAACAGCGUGGGCCGCGCUGAAGCUUCUGGCUCCCUCAGUGUUCACGUCCCACCCCAGCUGGUGACCCAGCCCCAGGACCAGAUGGCAGCUCCUGGAGAGAGUGUGGCUUUCCAAUGUGAGACCAAAGGAAACCCCCCACCUGCCAUCUUCUGGCAAAAGGAGGGAAGUCAAGUUCUGCUUUUCCCCAGUCAGCCAUUUCAGCCCAAGGGGCGCUUCUCAGUCUCUCCCAGAGGCCAGCUCAACAUAACUGAUGUGCAGAGCGGGGAUGCUGGUUACUACGUGUGUCAGGCUGUUAGUGUGGCCGGCAGCAUCCUGGCCAAGGCCCUUUUGGAGGUAAAAAGAGCCUCCUCCUUGGAUGGGCUGCCUCCCAUCAUCCUCCAGGGACCAGCCAAUCAGACGCUGGCACUUGGCUCCUCUGUAUGGCUGCCAUGCAGAGUGACUGGGAACCCUCAACCUAGCGUCCAAUGGAAGAAGGAUGGGCAGUGGCUGCAGGGGGAUGACCUCCAGCUCAGCCUCAUGGCCAACGGUACCCUGUACAUCGCCAGUGUGCAGGAGAUGGACAUGGGUUUCUACAGCUGUGUGGCCAAGAGUUCCACAGGGGAGGCCACAUGGAGUAGCUGGCUUAGGACGCGGGAAGAUUGGGGAGGAUCACCAGAGCCGCCUACAGAACCCAGUAGCCCUCCAGGGCCUCCCUCUCAGCCAGUGGUCACUGAGAUCACCAAGAACAGCAUUACUCUGACCUGGAAACCCAACCCGCAGGCGGGGGCCACAGUCACCUCUUAUGUGAUAGAGGCCUUCAGUCAAACAGUUGGUAACACCUGGCGGACAGUGGCAGAUGGCGUGCGGCUGGAGACACACGUGGUCGGUGGUCUGCAGCCCGGCACCACCUAUCUGUUCCUGGUGCGCGCUGUGGGAGCCUGGGGCCUCAGUGAGCCCAGCCCCGUCUCUGAGCCUGUGCGCACCCAGGACAGCAACCCAUCCAGGCCAGUGGAGGACCCCUGGAGAGGCCAGCGGGGGCUGGCUGAAGUGGCUGUGCACAUGCAGGAGCCCAUAGUCCUUGGGCCCCGGAGCUUGCAGGUGUCCUGGACUGUAGAUGGCCCAGUCCAGCUGGUGCAAGGUUUCCGGGUGUCUUGGAGGGUAGCAGGUCCUGAUGGGGGAAGCUGGACAGUACUGGACCUACAGUCCCCAAGCCAGCAAAGUACUGUGCUAAGAGGACUCCCGCCAGGGACCCAAAUUCAGAUCAAGGUGCAAGCCCAAGGCCAGGAGGGGCUGGGGGCUGAAAGUCCCUUUGUGACCAGGAGCAUUCCUGAGGAAGCCCCCAGUGGUCCCCCCCAGGGAGUGACAGUGGCCUUGGGGGGUGAAGGCAACAACAGUGUCACGGUGUCCUGGGAACCUCCGCUCCCUUCCCAGCAAAAUGGGGUCAUCAAGGAAUACCAGAUCUGGUGCCUGGGCAAUGAGAGCCGCUUCCACCUCAACCGGUCCGCGGCAGGCUGGGCACGCUCCGCGGUGCUCCGGGGACUGCUGCCCGGUCUUCUCUACCGGACCCAGGUCGCGGCGGCCACCAGCGCUGGAGUGGGCGUGGCCAGUGUCCCGGUGUCUGUGCAGCUGCCUUCCCCGCCGCAAUCGGAGCCUGGGCUCGAGGUGGGCCCGGGGCUGGCGGAGCGGCUGGCGAGGGUGCUGCGGGAGCCGGCCUUCCUCGCGGGCAGUGGCGCCGCCUGCGGGGCGCUGCUGCUCGGGCUCUGCGCCGUCCUCUACCGGCGCCGGAGGCAGCGCAAGGAGCUCAGUCACUACACGGCCUCCUUUGCCUACACACCUGCAGUGUCCUUCCCACACUCAGAGGGCCUCUCUGGAGCCAGUUCCAGGCCACCCAUGGGCCUUGGCCCCGCCCCCUACCCUUGGCUAGCAGACUCGUGGCCCCACCCAUCUCGAAGCCCCUCAGCCCAGGAGCCCCGGGGGAGCUGCUGCCCCAGCAAUCCUGACCCAGACGACAGAUAUUACAAUGAAGCAGGGAUCUCCCUGUACCUGGCUCAGACCGCCCGGGGCACUGCCGCCCCUACCGAGGGUCCUGUCUACAGCACCAUUGACCCAGCUGGGGAGGAGCUGCAGACCUUCCAUGGGGGUUUCCCCCCAAAUCCCUCAGGGGAUCCAGGCACCUGGAGCCAGUAUGCUCCUCCAGAAUGGAGCCAGGGGGACAGUGGAGCCAGGGGAGGCAAAGUAAAGCUUCUGGGAAAACCUGUUCAGAUGCCCUCUCUCAACUGGCCAGAAGCCCUGCCCCCACCUCCCCCUUCCUGUGAACUGAGCUGCCUAGAGGGGCCGGAGGAGGACCUGGAGGGCGGCUCAGAGCCAGAAGAGUGGUGCCCACCAAUGCCUGAGAGGAGCCAUCUGGCCGAGCCCAGCUCCAGGGGAGGCUGCUUGGUCCCUCCAUCCCAAGGGGAAGCCCCCUCUCCCACAUCUUCCUAUGGACAGCAGUCCACAGCCACUCUUACCCCCUCACCUCCUGACCCUCCCCAGCCCCCCACUGACAUUCCCCAUCUCCACCAGAUGCCCAGGAGGAUGCCCCUUGGGCCAAGUUCCCCUCUCAGUGUGUCCCAGCCCACUCUGAGUAGCCACGAAGGGAGGCCUGCUGGCCCGGGUGCUGGCCCCAGCCCUGUCCCCGGUGCUGCCGGCAGUGCCCCCGGGAGAACCUGGCAGCUGCCUGGGGAGAUGGCUCCUCCACUUCAAGGGCCCCGCGCCCGAAUCCGGAAACCCAAGGCUGUUCCCUACCGUCGGGAGCACAGUCCUGGCGACUUGCCCCCACCACCCUUGCCGCCACCAGAGGAAGAGACGAGCUGGGCCUUAGGGCUGAGAGCAGUAGGCAGCAUGUCCUCCUUGGAACGGGAGCGGGAACGCAGUGGGGAGAGGAGAAUGGUGCAGGCUGGGCCCCUGGGGGCCCAGCGGGGUCCCCACCUGGAUGAGGAGACCUUGCCCCCCUACAGCCGACCAAGCUUUCUGUCCCGGAGCCAGGCCACCAGCACCUGCUCCACAGCGGGCAGCAACUCUUCCAGAGGCUCCAGCAGCUCUCGAGGCUCCCGGGGCCCUGCACGGAGCCGGAGCCGGAGCCGGAGCCAAAGGCCAGGACAGAAACGUGGAGAGGAACCAAGAUGA